GCCCUCAAGAGGGCGACGAGGAAGCGGCCGCCUCCCCGCGCCCCGCCCCUCGGGCUCGCUCGCUGGCUCCCGGCGCCUCCCGGCUGCUCCCGGCCCUGUCCAGGCUCCUCGGCUCCAGCUCCGGCGCGGCGGCGGCGGGCAGUUGCAGUGGUGCAGAAUGGCUGACCUCAGUCUUGCAGAUGCAUUAACAGAACCACCUCCAGAAAUUGAGGGAGAGAUUAAACGGGACUUCAUCGCCACCCUCGAGGCAGAGGCCUAUGAUGAUGUUGUGGGAGAAACUGUUGGAAAAACAGACUACAUUCCUCUCCUGGAUGUUGAUGAGAAAACGGGGAAUUCAGAGUCAAAGAAGAAACCAUGCCCAGAUCCUGGCCAGGCUGAAGGCACUCCGUCUCCUAAAGCAGCGGUGCUGGCCAACGGUGACCAUGGCACAGAAGGGGAGGGCACUGCAGGGUCUCCAACUGCAUUUCUUGAAGAGAAAAUGGCCUUCCAGGGAUAUCAGAACAACCAGAACUGGCCAGAAAACACAAACUUUUACUUUGAACCCGAGCAAGUGGUGCAUCCUAUCCAGACUGAUCCCUGCAGGGUGCCCUGUGGUGAUGGCCUGGAGGACCUGCUCUUCUUCCCCAGGGAAACCAGCCGUGCCCCCGCGCUGACAGGGCAGAGCGACCCUCUGGCAGACAGCGACGGUCAUCUUCCCUGCGACACAUUUACUCCUGAAGCAGUUGUACCUCAGGGCUGGCCUGUGGAAGCCCCGAACUCACCCCAUGUGGGGGUCUUCAUUUCCCCAGGGGCCACACCACCUCUGCAGCCCACAGCAGAGCCAGCCAGGGAGGGAGACAUGGCAUCAGAAGGAGAGAGGGCAUCAACCAGAGCCCUGGAGAUGAUGAUGGGCCUGCAGGCUGCUGGCAUGGCACCGUCUGGAGAAACAGAGGUGGCCCUGGCUCAGGACCUGGCACCAGUCCCAGGAACAGAGGUGGCGUUGGCCAGAGACGUGGCAUCGCCAACCAAAGAAGAUGUGUCAUUUGCCAAGAACACGGAAUCAUCCACUGAGUCAGACAUGGCUGUAGACACGGACGUGGUACUCCCUGUAGAACCAAAGGAAACCCCAGCCAGGGACAGCAUACUAUUCAGAGAGACAGAGAGGGCACCUCCCAUCAACGUGGACAUGGCUCCAGCUGAAGGCGUGAUCUCACUCACAGAAAUGGAGAUGGCGUUGGCCAAGGACAUUGUAUCACCCACAGCCAAGGAGUUGGCCUUGUCCUCAGAAACACAGGUGGCCCCGGGCAAGGACGUGGCUCCGCCCCCAGAAACAGAGGUGGCCCUGGGCAAGGACGUGGCUCCACCCCCAGAAACAGAGGUGGCCCCGGGCAAGGAUGUGGCUCCACCCCCAGAAACAGAGGUGGCCCUGGGCAAGGACGUGGCUCCGCCCCCAGAAACAGAGGUGGCCCCGGGCAAGGACGUGGCUCCGCCCCCAGAAACAGAGGUGGCCCCGGGCAAGGACGUGGCUCCGCCCCCAGAAACAGAGGUGGCCCUGGGCAAGGACGUGGCUCCGCCCCCAGAAACAGAGGUGGCCCUGGGCAAGGACGUGGCUCCGCCCCCAGAAACACAGGUGGCCCUGGGCAAGGACGUGGCUCUGCCCCCAGAAACAGAGGUGGCCCCGGGCAAGGCUGGGCCUCUGCCUCCAGAAACAGAGACACCCCUGGCUAAGGAUGUUGCACCGCCUUCAGAAGCAGAGGGGGCCCCAGUUCCAGUGAAGGACAUGGGAAUUGUACGGACACCAGGAAAACUGAGUGAGGCUUUCCAGUUAGCGUCUCUCCAGAGCGAGGGGCCUUCAGCUGUACCUGCUUCCAUGAUCUCACCAGAACCAGUCACAGCCGGCGGCCAGACGUUCAGCGUGCCAACCGACGAGGCCCCGGUGCUGGAGAAACCAGAGCAGAGGCAGCCUGUCCGCGGCCAGCCUUCGGGGCCUUCGGAGCCCGCGGAGCCCGCAGGUACCCUUCCCACACAAGCCAAACAAGUGUGCAGACCCAGGGACCGCAGGGUCGCCCGGCCCAGGCCUGCCCGGGCUCCUCCCGAGCUGCUGGGAGGCUCUUCACGGAAGACUCUCGAUCCCGGGCUGGGCCCCUGCUCUCUGCCUGAGGCGGGCUGGGUCUCUGGUUCAUUUUCCUGCGCUGAGCCUGGGAACCAGAGGAAAACCAUUCAUGAUGACCUCCUUGAAACACAGAGGGAUCUUGGCAGGGAGGCCUGGGAUGUAGACAGCACAGCAAUGAUGGCGAAGAAGAAAAAGAAGAAACCAAAGCAAAAGAGAUAUUCUCAACCCCGGGUUGGGGGGCCUUGGGAUGAUGACAGUGCAAAAGAGGCUCACGGUCAUCCCUCUGCAGCUGACCCACAGAAACCGGGUGUUCUCCCCAGCCAGUCUGCCACUGUGGGCGUGAAAUACGGCCUGGCAUCCAGAGAAAGCCCGAGAAAGGAUUGUGGGAUCGACUCCAGGACAGCCACACUGGCCGCGGAGAGCGUUGUCUCGGAAUGCCCCCGUGUUCCUUCGUGUCCUUCAGAAGAACCCCCUAAAGCCGCAGUGAGUUCUCAGCUCAAGCUGAGCACAGAGGCAGAGGUCAAAGGUAACAAGUCAGAACCACAGAGCCAAGACAGGGACUCUCUGCAGCAAGGUGAGUGCAGACCACAGACUGCUCCCCCCCUGGCGAGCCCUGGGGGUGAAGGCCAGGCGGUAGGCCCUCUCAGACUAAAAGGGCCCCUGACGGAAGUUUCUGCCCGCAAAACAGAAGUUCCUUUGGAGGUCAGAGCCCAGGAGGACCAAGAGGCUAUGGGGCGAGUUUUAAAACCCCCAGCAGCCAAAGAAUUGCCUAAUCCGACAUGCACUUUGACAGCCAGUAACCCGUUAGAAAGCAGCCUGAAAGAAGGGAAUGAUGAAAGGACAAUGGCCACGCUGCAGACGGACAAACGGAAAGAGUUCUCUGAAGCAGCUGAGGGUGUGAAAGAACUUAACAAGGAAGCUUUUCCCACGCAAGGACCAGAGAUGAGCAUCUUAGCUUCUGAGCAGCUGCCACAGGGCAGGAGUCAGGUUCCUGGGCCCGGGAGUGAACCCCUUAAGAGAACAGCAGGAGUACCCAGGCCAGAAGAAGGACAAGCUGCUGCGAGCGUGACCGGAAAUGACAUCACUGCCCCUCCAAACAAGGAGCUCCCGCCAAGCCCCGAGAAGAAAGCCAAGCCUUUGGCCACAACUCAUCCUGCAAAGACUUCAACACCGAAAGCCAAAACACAGCCCACUCCUCUCCCUAAGCAACCAGCGCCCACCUCCUUGGGGGGGCCGACUAAAAAGCCCAUGAGCCCCGCCUCGGGCUCGGGGCCCGCUGCCCCGCCCAAACGCCCCGCGGCCACCACCGCCAGGCUUUCCGCCUCACCUGCCAAGGACGCCAGGCCCAAGCCUGCUGCAGAGGCAAAGGCUCCCGAGAAGAAGGCCACGCCGUCCAAGCCCGCCUCGGCCUCGGCCUCCAGGCCCGGCUCCAGGAGCACCCAGGCCGCUCCAAAGGCCCCCACAGCCGCCUCUGUGGCCUCAGCUGGGCCGAGCAGCAGGAGCGCCCCCAUGCCCCUGCCCAGGAGGCCUGCUGGCACCAAGACUGAGGGGAAGCCCGCGGACUUCAAGAAGACGGUUACGAAGUCCGCGCCAGCUGACCUGAGCCGCGCAAAGAGCAGCUCCACCAGUGCCGCGAGGAGGACGGCCACUGGCCCGGGGGCGGCCUCCCCAGCAGGCGCAGCUCCCGGUCGUGUCAAGCCCACCCCCGUGUCUCCCCGGCCCUCUGGGACUCUUGCCGUGGACAAGAAGCCCACGUCAGCCAGGCCCAGCUCCUCGGCCCCCAGGCUGAGCCGCCCGGCGACCAGCACGUCCAUCCCUGAUCUGAAGAACGUCCGCGCCAAGGUCGGCUCCACGGAAAACAUCAAGCACCAGCCCGGAGGAGGCCGGGCCAGAGUAGAGGAAAGAACAGAGGCAGCAGCGGCAGCUCGAAAACCUGACCCUCACGCGGCCACUAAGCCCGCUGGCCCAGGCGUGAGCGCACAGAGGGCACCUGCGGGGAAAGUCCAGAUAGUCUCCAAAAAACUGAGCUACAGCCAUGUUCAGUCCAAGUGCGGCUCCAAGGACAAUAUUAAACAUGUCCCUGGAGGCGGCAACGUUCAGAUUCAGAGCAAGAAGGUGGACAUCUCCAAGGUCUCCUCCAAGUGUGGGUCCAAGGCCAACAUCAAGCACAAGCCCGGUGGAGGAGAUGUCAAGAUUGAGAGUCAGAAGUUGAACUUCAAGGAGAAGGCCCAGGCCAAGGUGGGGUCCCUGGAUAACGUGGGCCACCUGCCUGCGGGUGGGGCCGUGAAGACUGAGGGCGGCGGCAGUGAGGCCCCUCCGAGCCCGGGCCCCCCCGCUGGGGAGCAGCUGGCUGUCCCUGAGGCUGCGCCCGAAGCUGGCGCCCCCACUUCAGCCAGUGGCCUCAGUGGCCACACCGCCCUGGCAGGGGGUGGUGACCAAAGGGAGGCCCAGGCCUUGGACUGCCAGAUCCAGGAGACAAGCAUCUAACGCUGACAUUCUGGUCUCGUCUCCGUCCCCUGUUGCCCUCUUGUCUCCCUCGUUCCCUCUCCCGUCCCGCCUCCCGUGUCCCUGCAGAUUGAGACCUACAGGCUGACGUUCCGGGCAAACGCCAAGGCCCGCACCGACCACGGGGCCGACAUUGUCUCUCGCCCCCCCCACUUCCUUGGUGGCCCCAACUCGGGCACCCGGGCCUUUGGCUCCCUCCCCCGGGCUGCCCACUAGACCUGACUACUUGGGUGCAGGGCAGCCCUCUUGGGCCCUCCCCCCUCCCCCGCCCCCCGCUUGCCUAGGGCAGCAGCAGUGCCCACCUCCUCCAGCCCCUGCCCCAGGCCCAGCUCCUGGCCAUCCUUGUAUCACUGCUCCAGGGGGAAGCUGGGAAGAAGGGGGUAGGGGAGGCUCAAAUGGGAUCUUGGGGGGUCUCGGAGGAAGGAACCAGAUUCCAACCUCCUCUUUGGGUUUUUUGGACCAAACCCAAGAAAAACGGACAUACCCUCCCUCCUUCUGGGUCCACCUGGAGGGAAGAGGGGGUGUCCACAUGAUGGACACCCAGCCCCGAGUGUCCCCUGGAGCUCGCUAAGCCACUGCCUCUCCUUUUGCCCACACUGAUGCCACCGCAGCGGGUGCCAGACCCCUCGUGCUGCCCCCCCCCCCCCCCCCAGUGAGGGCCAGGCUGCCUGUCCCCGCUGCCUCCCCGCCUCUAGCUGCUGCCAUACUUCUUUUCCUUGUUUUACCCCUUUUUUAAAAUAACUUAAGAACUGGUGGAGUAGUUGUGCAGGUUGAAGUCAUGUCUAAAGGAAAGUCCUCAGCAGGUGUUUUUAAAGGAAACCGGGAGGGGAGAUCUCAGACCCCCAGCAGGUCAGGCUGGGGCCUGGCAGCUCGGGGCCCCGAGGCGGUGUGGGCAGGGCAGGUGGCGGGUGUGGGGUGCGCAGGGAGCCGCGAGGGGCUGGUGAGUGUGGACGGGUGGCUCUGGCGUUUGGCAUGGAUGCUGCUUUGCUUCUCUAACCAAGAGGCUGGGGUUGGCAUGUCGGUCUCAUUCCUGGGAUCUGGUGGGAGGUAGGUCAGUGCUGGGAGGGGCCCUGCAGGCCUGGGACACUCGACCCUCAGCCCCCAGGGAGCCGAGGCGUCCGGACGUGGGCGGGUAUUUGGGGAAUCAGGUCCAGAGAUUGAAAAAUAAAGGCAUGAGACCGAGGCCACCCCACGUCCCUGGAGCCUGACGAGGGAGCGAGAGGCGCGGCGAGGCGCGGCCAGCCUGCAGGGGUCCCAGCGGGCUGCGUGGGAGGCUGCAGAGCCCAGGAAUCACUGACGCGAAGACUCUGGCUGCACUUGUAUUUUUUGUAUUAAAGUUUGCAUGGUUUCUAAUAAAGGAUUAAACCUG